AUGCCUGGCAUCGUCAUCAGUGCGUUGCUGGAAUUCACCCGGGCGUACCAGCAGAAGGCCCUGGCAUGGCUGGACCACAUAUCGAACGACGACGAGAGGAUAUACAAGAGGUACCCUCUGGCUGUGCGCGAGUAUGGGGAGUGUGAGGACCUGGGAAGGCAGUGGUGGACUGAAGAUCCAUAUUGCAAGCUGCCACCGGUGAAGAGUAUGCCAGCGGAGGGCUGGGGCAAUGUGCCAGCCGAUGACAACACCCAGGGACGUGGCGAGGAGGACCUGGCUACCGGGGACCUCGUCACCAAGGGGAAAGGCAAGGAAAGAGCUGACAACGACGUCGGGACAGGCAUGGUGGGUGAGCGUAUCGUCCACGUGGAGGUGGGAGAGGACAAGGGAAAGGGCAAGAGCAAGGAGAAGGCGCAGGGGAAGGCGGCGCAUGCGAUGAGCGAGGAAGAGGAUGGGGGAGAGGGAGAGGGAGAGGGAGAGGGAGAGGAGCAGGAGGGCGAGGACAACGAUGAUGCCGACAGUGACGAGGACGACGAUGCCGACAAAGAUGAUGACGAUGAGAUGGCGGAAGACGUGCCGGGUGCAGGCCAGCCUGAAUCCAUCGAGGUCGAUGCGGCGUCGCCCCCCUCCGCCAACUGCCAGACCAAUAUCGAUCUCGCCAGCUGCCCCAUCACUCCGAAAGCGCAAGGCGGUCAUCACAGAGUCAAGUGA